GAAGAAGAAGUGUUUAUGUCACCUGAGCCGUGUUGCUAAGACGAUAGCUAAAAGAAAGGUCCAAGCAUUUCUGUGACGUCUGUUUACAAUGUAGUGAAAAUGUUUAGAUGUUUAGAAUUAGCCAAGAAUGAAUGAAUGAAAGAAUGAAUGAAUGAAAGAAUGAAUGAAUGUCUUUAGCUAGAAAGCUCUCAGUGCCAUGUUUAUGUGCUAGAAGCCGGAUGCUAACUUUGUUGGUAGUAAACAGUUAGUGGCACGAGACAGCACUAGUGGCAAAUCUAAUCAAUCAGCUUUUAUAGGUUAUUAAUAACAUCUGACUGAAAAUGGACACCAAUGUACAGAAAAGGAGGGAAAAUAAAAAAUCGUUGCGGAUUAAGGUUAUCAGCCUUGGGAAUGCAGAGGUUGGCAAGAGUUGCAUCAUUAAACGAUACUGUGAGAAACGAUUUGUACCCAAAUAUCUGGCAACAAUUGGGAUUGAUUAUGGCGUGACAAAGGUUCAAGUACGGGACAGGGAGAUAAAAGUAAACAUUUUUGACAUGGCAGGACAUCCCUUCUUUUAUGAGGUCCGCAAUGAGUUCUAUAAGGACUCGCAGGGGGUGAUUCUGGUGUAUGAUGUAGGACUGAGGGAAAGCUUUGAUGCCCUAGACAGCUGGCUCACAGAAAUGAAGCAAGAGAUGGGCUCACAAGCCAAUAUGGAGAGCAUUAUUUUUGUCGUAUGUGCCAACAAGGUCGACUUGACUAAAAGGCGAGUGGUAGACGAGAGUGAAGGCAGGUUGUGGGCAGAGAGCCGAGGUUUUCAGUAUUUCGAGACGUCUGCUCAGAGCGGCGAAGGCAUCAGUGAAAUGUUUCAGGCCUUUUUUUCCUCGAUUACUGAUAUGUGUGAGAAUGGAGGGAAGAGACCAAACCCAGAGGUCAGUAUUGGCUUCACCAAAGAACAAGCUGACACUAUACGGCGUAUCCGCAACAGUAAAGACAGCUGGGACAUGCUGGGAGUAAAGCCCGGGGCAACAAGAGAGGAAGUCAACAAGGCGUACAGGAAGCUUGCUGUGCUGCUGCACCCGGAUAAGUGUGUGGCACCGGGCAGCGAGGACGCCUUUAAAGCAGUGGUCAAUGCACGAACGUCCCUGCUGAAAAAUAUCAAGUAGUAUCCAGACAGACAUGAACAUAUUGGUUUAAAGAAGGUGUUUACGAAAAGAAAGGCACUACAUUCAUUCAAUUCUGUUUUCCUCUAUGUGCCACCUUAACUGUGUGUAGUGAAGUGUUUGUUAGUUUGUGUGUGUGUGUGUGUGUGUGUGCUUAUUAAACAUAUAUUUCAAAAAGUGUGAUCAGAUAUUUGGUUAUAUGAUAUGAUAUGAUAUGAUAAGGUAUGAUACGAUAUGUUCAUACUUGUAAUAAUGACCUCAUCUGGUUCAUUUAGCUCGUAUAAUUUAUUUAAUUUAUUUAACCUCCGAAUGGGUCGCUUAGGUAGCUCCCUAACCAAGAAACUUUAAGGUACCAUGGUUUACAUUUAUUAUUUCUCCAUCUGAUUAUGGAUCGAUGUGUUUUUUUUUUUUCAGUAUGAACAAGUGAAUUAGCAUUACAUUGCUGCUGUUUUGUUUUUGAGUUGACUCCUGAUACUUGAGGCUGAAUAAGUAAGGAUUUCACUUUGAAGAAAAUGCUGUAUUCAAACAAGCAUGCUUCCGUAAUGCUAUUUGUGUGUCCAUGACAGGAAUUAAAAUUUAGCAUAUAUAUAUAUAUAUAUAUAUAUAUAUGUAGCCUUAAUCCAUUCUACAGUUGCCACAUCUGGUUAUCAUACCAGUAGUCUCAAUCUGAGAGACACAAGUGGAUCAUCAUUUUAUGUCAUUUAGUCUCAGAAGGAAGCGGAGAUAAUACACUUUUUUUUUAAGACACUUUUGCCCUGGAACUGCUUUUUUUAUCAGACACAACUGUACUUUCGUCGCUACUCGGCAAUCAUCUGGGAUUUUCUCAUAUGAAAACACUUGUCUGAAAAUCUGCUGUCAUAGUGCAAUGUGGAAUGUUGCAUUUUAAAUCACUGGAGAAUUUAUUUAGAAAAAAAUAUAUAUAAAAAAAGUUGUUAACCAUUAAGUUUAACAAUGGGUUAAACUUAAAAAUCCUCUUGUGCUCUUUUUUCACUCAUGGGUCAUAUACUGUAUACCUACUACAGAGUUUGGUGCCAUGAAUGAUUCAUUGUAAUGUUUACAUAUGAAAUGGCAGGCUUAUGAGACGUUACGUAUGAAAUCAUUUUGUGUGUACGUUCAAAAAAAAAUAUAGAACUGGAAUGUGUCUUUGCCUAUAUAAUACAAAUUGUGACUUUUAUUCUCAGAAAAAUAAUUAGGAAAUAUAAUUUGUUAAUAACAUGAUAUAGGUUUUCAUCCAUUUUGCCCUUCUCUUCCACUGAGAGAAUUGAUUUUAAUCUCCAUGUUUUGGAGGUAAGCAUCUUUAUUAACUAAUAGGUUCAGUAAGUUUGGUAAGCAUUAGUUUGUGGAAAUGCAGUUUGACACUAAGAAUGUGCAUGGUGUAGCUCUCAAUAAAGCUGUGAUUACAAGAGCAAAUUGUGUCGAUGUGCCAUCAUGGUGAAUGUGAUUUCUUCAAGUAGAACAUGUUCAUGGAGCAUUUCUUUUAAUAAAUCUGAUGUCCUCAGUGCAUGCUUCCUCCACUUCCGCUGGUGAGUAGCUUUAAAUUAUUUCCAAUACGCAACAGUCAGUUCCCAGACACUUGAAGUGUUGUGUAGCUCUGUAUUGUUUAUUAAAUUAUGCAAUAUUUCUUGGCUGAGUUUUUUGAAAUAUUGAAACAUUGAGCUUUAAAUGAAUGAACUAAAAUUUAGCAGGGUUAUACAAUAAAGUUGUGUAAAGGUGCAUUCUAAAUGACAUUGAAUGAUAGAUAUAUAUAUAUAUAUAUAUAUAUAUAUAUAUAUAUAUAUAUAUAUAUAUAUAUAUAGAUAUAUAUAUAGAUAUAUAUCUAUAUAUCUAUAUAUAUAUAUAUAUAUAUAGAUAAGUUUAGAAAAAACAAUGGGAUCUUGAUCCAGGAACGUGUUCUAACUGAAGAGAGUGUGUUCAUCAUGUAGAUACAGUUUGUUUUAACAAUUGUAAAAUGUUCAUGUAGGUCAUCACUGUAAAGCAAGCUCGUAUAAUAUCUUGCAUGAAACUUCAGAGCUUGUAUUUUGCAUAAAUUAUUAGAGUUUGAAUAAUGUUCUGUCUUGCUCUGUUGGUGUGUUAUUGUUUUCUUGUUUUGAUUUAUUAUGUGACAUUCACAUAAAAUGGUUAUGCUAGCUGCAAA